AUGGUGUUCGAGCGGUUGUUGGCGGACCAACUGAACGCGAGGCUCGGGCGCGUGCUCGAGGGCGUCGAUCGCGACGACGUGCGCGUGGGCGUGCUGAACGGAGACGUGCGGAUACGGCGGGUGCGGGUGCGGGCGUCGGCGCUGACGAAGAUAUUGGACGAGCCGAGCGCGCGGGUGCGGUGCGGAUUCGUGGACGAGCUGCGCGUGCGCGUGCCGUGGAGGAACUUGGGGAAGGAGGCGGUGCGAGUGACGUUUCACGGGGUGUACGUCGUGGGGGAGAUCGAUGUGAACGGAGACGACGAGGCGCGGGAGAGCGAGGAGGAGCGGAGGGAGAGACAGCGGGUGAAGGCGUUGAGGACGGCGCGCAGGGCGGCGGACGCGGCGGAGCGGGCGUGGUUGAAGUGGAAUCCGGCGGUGAACGCGGAGGCUUUGGAGGCGGAGGACGGCAGGGAGAGCGCGCAGGAUGGGGUGAGGAAGAGGAGCGCGAUCGCUGGGCUCAUCGACGUCGCCCUGGCGAACGUUCUGAUUGAAAUUUCAAACGUGCACGUCAGAAUCGAGGGCGAGUACGGAGCGGGCGUUCCGUGGGGAAUGGGACUCGUGCUCGAACGCGUGUCGCUGACGACCGUUGGAGAAGAUUUCGAAAAUGACUUCAAAGUCGGCGGUUUCGCCGACAGUUUACGAAAGAUGAUUGCGUUAGAGCGCGUCGGCGUGUACGCCGAUUUCAAUUCGCCGUCAGUCGCGUCAGAGACGCCGGACGGUUGGCGAGGCAUCCGCGAAGACCAAUUCGUGCGGCAAAUGUCCGCGGUCUUCAAUACCGAGGUUGGCGAGCGCAUGAAAGAAGGCACCAGCGGCGAUGUCGUGAUACCGCAAUCGUACGUAUUCGGACCGUUACGAGGAACGGCGACGUACGCGAGAAGAGGUCACGCCGAGGACACCAACACGCCGCUGCAUCAAUUACGGAUGGAUAUAAAUUCUAUUCAAAUCAGCAUCAAGUCAACGCAGCUUAAGGUGUUUUACAACAUGUACUCCAAUUUACGCACCAGUCGCGUGCGGUACACGUAUGCGCAUAUACGCCCAAGGGUCGGCGUCAAAGGAAAUGCGCGUUUAUGGUGGCGUUUCGCGGGCGCCGGCGUUCAGAUGCACGUCGACGAAAUACGUAAACGGCGUGGAUUGGACUUUAAAUCUAGUGUUAGCGCUAUGGUGCGCAUAACUGAGGCUCGCCAGCGUUAUAUUCCUUUAUACGUCAAGCAUUUGCGCUCUGCACCGCCACCUCCAGAGUGUCUAAUCGCCGAACGCGCCGAGCGACGCAAUAAGCUUUGGCCACCUAAACUGAAGAUUGGGAUGUCGACAGAAAUUGAUGAAAUCGAAGAAGGUAUUCCCCUGCAGAGUAUUAUUACUUUCCGAACGCUGGCGCACGUAGAAUACCGGGAGUCUGGCGGGGUGAAAGCGGCGGUAGCGAGAGAACGAGCGGCUCGCUUUGGCAAACGUCGGGUCGUCAGAGCAGUCGUCGGUCUCGCGGGCGGUGGUGCGAAGAACACGGCAAAGGUAUUGAAAGGGCUGUCGGCGCCGAUUCGUGGUCUUGCUCGAGCAGUUAACAAACGCGACUCGACAGCAUUAUUAGUCGAGAGGCAAAAGCGUUUGCGAAAGUCGCAACCGGAAGAAGAUGAUGAUUCAAACUGGCGAGAAAGUCUAGAGAAUACGGUGCAAUUGAGCCAGCGAAUGGUGGCUCUAGAAGAAGAAGCCGUGCACUCUUCGGUUGAGCUAUCCGGAGUGGUGAAUGUUGAAAAAGUAUUAGUUUGCAUGGUUGAUGACGAGGUUGACAAUCCAAUCGGUGAGCAGGAGAUUUUUAGAAUAGGUGUCCAUGAAGUCAGUUUGGGAACGCUGCGAGGUUCUGGACGACGAGAACAACGCGUUUCUAUCCGCCGAUUGGCGAUCGUAAGCCCGGAAGGGACACUACUCGAUUCCAGUAAGACCACUGAUAAUGAAGAGAGAGCGACCUCUCUCGAUCGUUCACAAGUUGCGUUAUGGGACAAGGCGUCCGAGUGUAACGCGGUGCAAUUGCAAAUAGUCAAAGGCGAUGUCGAGACAGAAGAAGAUAUCUUCAUAAAGUUUCAGAUGAGGCAGUCGAUCGUGCACUUAUUGCGAGAGCCUUUAGAUAGAGUGGCGCGAGUGGCUGUGCGACACAAAGUGACGACGGCAUAUCUCGAAUCUUUCAUUUACGACGAUGAAGCGAAACAGCGCAAUCACACACACUCCAUCGAAAAGCAGGCAGAUGAGUUCAAAAUCAGACCAAGAGUGCGAUUAGACGCGCGAGUUCACGGUCCCGUGAUUAUUUUGGAUGGCGACGGCGUAAACUUACGCAUAGACCUUGGUACAACGGUAAUUGAGUCUAUGACGCCAGUUUCAGCUGGCAUCGAGAGCUCACUAGCAAAAGAACACAAUGUUUUCUCAUUUCAAUGCACAGGAUUCCAAGUCGGAUUUAUCGACGAUGAAUGGGAUACGAAUUCGAACCGACCUGUGGAAGAUGAACAGAUAAUACUUCCGCUGUUGAGUGCACCGUCGUCAAACACCGUCGUGAUUCAAAAUUUGAAUGCCGCAUCCGAUGCGCCGAAUCUCAAGGUGCACUCAAAGUUCAGCGCCAUUGAUAUUUCGGUUUCUCCUGUGCGAGUGUUUAAGAUCCGUUCUUUGGUCAAGGCAUUGAAGCCAACAACGUCCAUAAGUGAGGAACACGUCGCCGCGGUUGUCACCGAAAACGAGGUCCGAGUGCUGCUGCUGCAAUUGGAUGAAAGCGGCGAAGUGUGUUGGAUACCGGCGACGAUAUCGUUGCAAAACAAUAGUUCUAUGGAUAUUAGAACGAUUAAUGGGCUCAAAAGUCGAACAAUUCACAUCAACCUCAUGGAAAGCAACGGGGCGAGCAAAUUGCGAAGUGACAUUUGCGCGAAACUCUCCUUGCACAAGGACGUACUCACUAUCGGUGAAACUGUGCAUUCUUUGGACGAGUUAAUGAUUUCAGCUAUGUCGGAUGAUAGUCUCAGCGUGAUGUUUGAUAUUGACGAUGAUGAUGCGAGAUCUCGCGACACGGUCCUGUUCGAUGCAUGGUACGCACGGAUUAACGGCGUCGCUCGCGAAAAUAUCACUAGGCUGACAAAUGCUGCAAAGAACGGCAAGCUGUCGAAGACUCAAGUGAUUUUAAGUGUCGGCGCCGAAAAGCUGUCUGUUCAUGUUUUUGCACCUCUCAAAGCACAUCCAUCCGAAGAUGAUUCCGCUGUGAUAAAUGACGAAUCAGAUUCUGAACGAGCGCUCGCAAGCCUUUGUUUCGACGAGCUCAACUACGACUCGUCGUUGGCUCGUACCGUGAAAGUCCAUCAUAUAAAAGCAAACUCACUCGUUUUGUACGACAGAUAUGCAAGUGAAGGUCUUGGACGCGAGUGCAUCGCCGGAAUUGGAGGACAGGGCUCCGGUCAACCCCUACUUACAGUCACGGUCGCCGUUCGCCAUCAGAGCGAUCCCCAAUAUUGCGGAUUGGACAAGCUGAUCGAAGUCGACAUUCACAAAGAGUUAGUGAUGAAUAUUCGUCGGCCCACGCUCCUUGCAUUGAUCUCGUUGAGAUUCAGACUGCGUCCACCCGGUUUCAAGAUUAUUAAGAUCAUGCCUGAUGUAUCGUCGCGCAUCAUGAUUUCUGGCAAGCUCGUAAAACGGAUCAAACGCGAGAUACGCGUGAACGUUGCGGCAGUGACUGCGAAUGGCUUUUAUGAUCACGACAAAGAGAUGGAUGUUCCUGUGCUAGUGUUGCGUGCCGAAGAUUCGUAUUGGAGCACCAUUAUCAGUCCUCCAACACGUGAAACAAGCGUAAGCGUUGGCACCAUAAAACUUGCGACGGGACAGAUGCAAGCUCGGGGCGCUUGGAAUCUACAACCUUCACCCGAGUCGAGCUCAAACAUCAUACUUUUACGUAAUGACGUGUACGACAGAGGAGAAGAAUUAGACGGGGCCGAUGUGUCGUGGGAGAUCGAGCUCGGAAAUUUGGACAUAGUUAUGACUCCUGAGAUGAAGGAAAUUGGAUCGUGGUUCGCAUUCUUUCGUCAAAUAAGACCUGAUCAUAUUGAAAAGUACGUCCACCCAUGUGCACGACCUCGAGCUGGAUUUCAAGUGCUCAAAUCCCGUCUCUUGAUCAAGAUGGACGAUCAAAGGAUCACCUUGCCCGUCGCCCUCAGCGAGGGCGAGUCAAAUCACGACGUCGUCAUCAACUCAGGAUGUGUAGAAAUCACCAGAUCAUUUUCUUCGAAAGCAAUCAAUGAAGCGCAUUCAAUAUUUUGGCAAACAACGGCAUUGAGCGUGUCAGAGUUUGAAGUAAGUGUCAUCUCAUUUGCGGAGAAGCGGAGAGAAAGCGUUUCUAAAAUUACGCAGAAGCCGUUUGCGAAUUUCGAUGUGAUCCACGAUUCCAUCAAGAACAUUCAGUUGAGUAAAGUUCGGCCGAACGUCAAAGUGGAAAAUCCUAUCAGAUGGGGUAGCGUCGGACCGCUCCCUGUUUCAGACGUGCUCGCGCCGGCAUCGUUGAAGUCGAUGGAAUUGAGCGUUAUUCUGAGCAGCGCAAAACUCCGCGUCUUCCGGCUACCGAUGCAAAGUCGUCCCCUCUCAACGAUAAAGGUAGUUGGCGUCGACGUGUUUGUCGUAAAAAACUUGAAUCGCAAGUCUGGAAUCAAUCUCGACGCUACCGUGGAUAUGAUUGGCGUCGACGAUAAUUCUCGACAAUCCCAGAACCUUAAAGUCAAGCACGUUCUCUAUGCGGGUUCUCCGAAAUUACCAUUGCUUCAUUUGACGCUCGGUGUGAAUGAUGACAGCACGCGCCUGCGAAUUUCGCUACAGCAUGUAGAAGUAUUGCUGCGUGUGGGAAUCAUUUUGGAUACCAUACGGACUUUCGCACCUCGAAAAUUUGGAGGGGUCUUUUUAGCCAGUACGAUUCUUCCUCAAGACAUUAAGUGCGUGCACGGCAGUGACUUCCAUCUCGAUAAGGAUGUCACUCUGACGAAAAGUACGAGACUGCUGGCCGACGAUCCCAAAAUUGUUGCUGGCAAAUAUGUGCUGCGCGGAGGUGGACAUACCAUAAAAUUCGCCGAUGGCAAAGGAGCGAUCAUUCGUCAUUAUUCCCAUGGCUCUCGACGCAAGACGAUGCCACGCAUUAUUAUCGGUCAUGGCGCAACGCUGAAGAUUGAAAACGUCACCUUCAAUUGUACACGCUCAACAUUGUCAAGGUUUAUCAAAAUGAUGCCCGGCGGUAGUUACUCCCUCGGUAAGAGUGUUUCCUUUGACGAGACCGAAGAAGAGUUGAUACCGGUUCACGAUGGUCUUGUUGAAAGCACACCAGUUAUUGAUGCCGCAACAAAGCGUGCAGAAGAAGGACCAGGGCGAAGAAUGAAGGAAAUUAAAAAGAAACCGCUGUUGGUCGAGGUGGAUGUGUCAUGCGUACAUAUAGUCAUCGGUGAAGAAUUGAGAGCUGAUCAGAUCAACUUGAUGUUUGGAGUCGAUGUGGCAAUAAUUCGGGACGAAGAAUUGAACACGACGGGAACUUAUCAGCUACUUCGUCUUCGUACGAAGGACACUAUGAAACCACCGCUUCUGGAACCAGCAAGCGUGACAAUGCACGUUGUAUCGCGUGAUGGCGGCACCACAACUUGCACGGGGUGUGUGACACCUAUCAAGAUGCAGUUGAGUCCCAACAGGAUUUGUAUCUUGAAGAAUUUCACGGAACGUAUUGAGCGAUCAUUUGCAAUUGCGCCCAUCUUGCAAACCGGCGUGUAUUCGUGUGUCUGGGCAGGACAUGCAACCACUUUAACAAAAAAAGUAACUGAGGCGGGUGUGCUCCGACAAAAUCAAGCCGGUAGCAAUACUUCCUACUCUAUCUGGAGACCCGUUGCUCCACCUGGUUACGCCAUACUAUCUGAUGUCGUGAAGUCUGAAGGAGGAGCUCCUGAAACGCAAGUUUUGAUCGUUCGGGAUGCGCCCGCUCUGUGCACGUUGCCAGAGAGAUUUGAGAAAGUCAAAGGCACCGCAAAUCCUUGCCUGUGGCGCCCGAUCGCACCGACGGGUUUCGUGAGCUUAGGCGAUAUUGCGUCAGUAUCGGAUGCGGAUGAACCGUCGCUGGACGUCGUCCGGUGUAUUCGAGAAGAGCUCGUGACGAACAUCGGUCAAGCGUCUACACUCGCAAACUUUCGCUUGUACGGAGAUUUCAGUCAAUCGAAUACAACGUUGUGGCAAAUGAAUAACAGAGUCCGCGGAUUCGUGGUGGUCUCGAAGUCGAAUAUUCGGCCUUACGCGUACGACAUUCGCUCCCCUCCUGGAUUUCAACGCAAAGUUUCGACGGGAACCAAGGAGAAGAUAAAGCUGCAGGAAAAGGAGUGCGAGUGUGCCACCGCGGUGAAUUUCAAAAAGAUUGGCAUGGCACAAAACGCGAAGUCAACUGUUGGGUUUUGGGAAGUCAUUCCGCCUACGGGUUAUGUAUCCACCGGACACUGCAUGAGUGUGGGCAAACUUCCGCCUUUAAGCAGUAGAGUGUUCGCGGACGAUAAACGUACUUUUCGACAACCAGAGUCAUAUGAAAAAGUUGCUUCAGCGCGUACGUACGGCACCACACAGCGUUUGACAAUUUGGAAACCAGUGCCAUGCGCCGGGUUUGUGAGCGUCGGGUUUGUUGUCACCACUGAAGAUAACGAGCCUUCUGUGAAUGACUCGAUCGUCUGCGUCCGAGCAGAAUUGGUAUCUUACAUGCAUCAAAGGAACUGGACUACAGACAACUCUGUUUGGACAGUUGACGAAAAUGCUACAGACACCACGCACUUCUGGAUCCACAAAUGA